AUAUAUAUAUAUAUAUAUACACAUUAUCUACAUAUGGGUCUAUGUAUAUGUAUACUCUUAUAGCCUGUGUGUUCAACUGCAUUUAAAAUACGUCAGAAAAAGAGUUAAAUAAUGUAUUGCAGUAGUAGCAAAAUAGCAGUGUUAUACUUCUGUUGCUAAGUGUAGAUGGACAGAUGUUACUGAGAGUACAAUUAAUACUCUGCUCAUGUUUGUAAGCCAGAAAGAGUUAUAUAUAAUUCCUGAGAAGUUAUAUGGUGGAAAUUAACCCAGAAUUAAAAGACUCCAUGAAAACAGAAGGCAUUUGGCUAGUCUUAACAGAACAAGAACUCUGUCAUGAUAUCAAAAAAAACCCUUGGAGAAUUAGUCCAGGACACAAAGCUGUGUGCAGCAGCUUGCCACCACAGGAAAAGAAGACAAUAUUAUUCAGGAAUUAGCUAAACAUCAGUCUGGAAUGACUGGAACACUCCUCCAACAGCACAAAGUGACCAUGUUUACCAGCUCAAACUCAACUUUAUCAUAUUUCUUAUGGCUACUAAAACCAAGAAUGUGGUUGACCUGCAAAAGACAUAGAUCAAAGUCCAAAAGGCAGUUCCGUGAUUAAGCGAAAGGGUAGGUGUUAACAGAGCUUCAGUGAAUCAGCAUAGUGAGGAUGCUGAUGAAGCAGUGAAGGACAGCAGCUUUAUUGACCCUUUCUUGCUUUUGCUCCUUGCAGGUGUUCCACAAAGCCUUAAAUGUGAGUGGUUUUCCCCCAUCUGUGGGCAUCUGUUUCACUGGUGUUGGUGCAGUAUUUUGCUUCUCAUUGUGCUACAAGGAGUAGGUUCGUAAGUUUUUCAAGUUUUCCCCCUAUCACAGUAUUUCAGAGUGAAUUUGCUUGUUACUUCAAUAUUUGCUGAGUAGGUUCAAGGCGAGAUAAUUUCUCCGUGUGUUUUGUUUGAGCAGGUAAGUCAGGCUGUACCUAUCCACACUGCAGAGCAACUGCUUUGAUCUGAGAUCUCUUACUUCAUGUGUGCAGCACUGCAUCUCCUGGCUGUGCCUGCCUAGUAACGAGCAAAUGGAGUGAACCAGAAUUCAUUAAACUUUCACAAAACAUAUGUGUAGAAUUAGUCAUAUGUGAUUUCUAUGCUAGCCUUCCUGUCGUGAUGUUGCUGUCCUAUGUAACGAUUAAAUUAAUCAAUGAUAACUUUUUUAAAGCUGUGGUUAGUUUAAAAUCCUGAGGGGAGGAUGACUGUUAAAAUAAUUAGAUUUCCAGCUCCAGUUUCCAGUUUAGGAUAUUAUGGACACGUUUGUUCCUAUCACAUUUGCUUUGUGGUUCAGUAUGAAUUUUCAAUAGAUGACUUUGUGAUAAGAAAGCAGCAAUUCAGAUGCAAUUAUAUAAACAGUAAGAUCAGCCUGGAAUUAGCCUGGAGAGUAUAAAGCACACACAGAGCUUGUGCUGGGUCACUGCCUCUCCCAGCUCAAGGCAGAAUCAGGUUCCUGUGAUAGGGAAGAAUUCAGCUGACAAGAGGUUGGUCUUUCCAGACUUGCAUUGUUGCAGCUACAGGGUAAACCAGACUGUAAUGAAUGGCUUUUGCUGGGGGAAACUGGCAGCUGGAAGGAGAGUAUAGGGUGAUGUCCAUGUGUUUGUAGACACUGUCAUUUAAAGUUUGUACUUUAGAGGCUAUAGAGUAGACCCUGGAAUUGUCUUGGAGUUAAUCAGAGCUUUGUUCUUGGGAUCCCCCGGCAGGUCUGAGAAAUGAGGUCAGCACAACAGGCAACUAAAGUGGGGAUUCAUUUAUUUGAACUCUUUGCUGAUGUUCUUUAUUGUAAUUUGCUUGAAUCUAUUAUUUAAUUCUUGGCAGUGUUCCCAUUUCAUCAUGCUUCUAAGCCAACUGCAAAGUAAAAAGUACAGUGGUAUGCCUGAUAUGCAUUCUUUUUCUCGAACGUUUUAUAAGAUGUUUUCUUGAGAAGAUUAUUUUUAAACCGGUGAGAUUUUUCUUUUCCUCACCAUCUCUGUUAAUUCUGGAGCUCAUGUUCCUUUACAUAUGUCACAUUUUCAAGUCCUUUAGCUCCUGUUAUUUUUCUGUGUCAGCAUUUUAUCACUCAGUAGUGAAAAAUUCCAUGUAAUAUAUUUUAGUGGGGAAAAAGUGAAUUUGUUACAUGUUGUUAAUGGCCUGUUUACCCUUCUUUUCUGUUUAGUGGUUAGUAUUAUUUCAAUUAAAGGUCUGAAAUGGGAAAGAACUUGUCAGGCUGGAGCUGAAAAAGUUAAGAUUACUUCUAGUCUGUGUCUAUCAUAACUGUUAUUGUCAAAUUCUGAGAAAAGGAGUGCAAGGUAAAUCUAAUUUUACUUAGGGUUUGCUUUAUUUGUUUCCUCCCCCGCCCCCAUCUAGCAUGAGUCCCUUCUUUGUGAUGUCUCUCCUCUUUGGCCUGACUGUCGGUCAAACAGCGUCACUCUGUGCUCCUUCUGAGUAUAUAAUCCAUGUGGAGAAAAGGGAAUGUGCUUACUGCCUGGCCAUCAACACCACCAUCUGCGCUGGAUUUUGCAUGACUCGGGACAGCAAUGGCAAGAAGCUGCUACUCAAAAGUGCUCUGUCCCAGAACGUGUGCACAUAUAAAGAGAUGCUGUAUCAAACAGCACUGAUUCCUGGCUGUCCUCAUCACACCAUCCCUUAUUAUUCCUACCCUGUGGCUGUGAGCUGCAAGUGUGGUAAAUGUAACACUGAUUAUAGUGACUGUGUUCAUGAGAAGGUUAGGACAAACUAUUGCACUAAACCACAGAAGCUUCGUAACAUGUAAGCUUCCAACAGAAUGUGGUUGAAAUGUACCUCUUUGCUCACAGCUGAUCAUAAAUAAAAGUGUAUUUCAUAACAGGUUUGCAAA